UAUAACUUAUUUACAUACAAUUUUAUAAUCUGCACUAUGCCCUUAAAUAUGGCUUUAUUGAAUGUGUUUGUGGGUGUAUUCUACGACGCCGGCAUAUUAGGAUUAUAUACAGGGACGUCAUUACGUGAUGACGUAAAUGAGCUGGUAAAUCGUUUUUUUUAACCAGUUCAUUGAAACGAACCCUCCGAAAGAACCGGUUCACGGAAAAUAAUAGGACUUUUCAUCACUAUUUGUUGUGACUCCAGUAACUCCAGUACAGCAGGGGGCGCUAUGAAGCUCUUUAGUCCGCCGGUAAACUCACUAAACAAAGACAGAAGAACUCACAGUUUGUUUAGAUGUUCAGCUGCUGUGUGUUUGUUUAUGUCUUUCAUGUUGUGAUAUUUAUGUGAUCUUGAGAUGUUGAAGAUGAGUUUGCAGGUGGAUCUGAUGUGCUGUAAAUCAGUAGGAACUGAUCUGUCCAUGCUGGAUAUUGAUGAUUUCAUGACAGAAAUCUCUCAGCUGAAGAAAGAGGUGGCGUUACUGGAGGCAAAGCUGAGGGAAAGAGGAGAUCCACUGAACGGAGAGGAGCUGGAGAAGGUUUCCUGUCAAUCUUCAGUGUGUGUGACUGAUGGGACCUCCACAGAAUGUCAGGAUUCAGUGUGGAGCAUCAGAGAUCAGAGAUCCAGAGACACACAGGACUCAGAGCUCAGCCUCACUUUACUCUGUUAUACUGACGCUCAGGAGAGUGUGUGUGACAGUAAUCAGGGUGAUCAAACCUCCACAGAGUCUCUGGCUUCUGUCUGUAACGCUGGAGAACAGCAGAUGCUGCAGAUACCAUUGAAGAUGUGUUCAGUGAAGCUGCUGGACUGCAGGAACCUGAUGGAGAUGAGAGGAGAAACCACAGCAGAGGAACAGCAGAGUGAUGAAGAUGAGGAGGAGGAUGACGAUUAUAUUCAACAAGACAAACACGAUGAAGAUGAUAAUGAUUUUAUUCCUUCAGAUGCAGACAAAGGUUCAUCUUCUGAUGGAGAAAUGGCUUCUACAUCAAAAGAGCGUCUGACAGCACAGAGUCUUUCCUGCAUCACCUGUGAGAAGACAUUCAACUCAAAGGGACAUUUAGCAAGACAUGAAAGAAGACACACAGAACAGAAAUUCUUCAAAUGCAGGAGAUGUGGGAGCAGCUUUUCUACCGCAGAAGAGAAGAAACUGCAUUCAGAAGUGCACAGAGGAAAGGGGUUCUGUUGUGAGCAGUGCGGGAAGGUUUUCUUUAUUCCUUCUCUUCUGAAAGUUCACAUGAAGACACACAGUGAUGAAAAGCCUUUCCACUGCAGUGAGUGUGACAAGUGUUUCAAAACUAAAGGAAACCUUGUUGAACAUGAGAGAACACACACGGGAGAGAAACCGUACAAGUGUCCUCACUGUGAGAAGAGAUUCACAUAUGGAAACCAUCUAAAGAUACAUGUCCGUUCGCACACCAAUGAGAGGCCGUAUCAGUGCAGUGAAUGUGAGAAAGCCUUUACAAAGUUAGAUAAUCUCAAGUCACAUCAGAAAAUUCACUCUGAGGAGAAACCCUAUCAAUGCUCUCACUGUGAUAAAUAUUUCCGUCAGAAGUCUCAGCUGACAGUCCAUGAGAGAACACACUCUGGAGAGAAACCUUACCUCUGCUCUCAUUGUGGAAAGAGCUUUUCUGAUCAAUCUCAUUUUAGAGUUCAUCAGAGAGUGCACACGGGAGAAAAGCCUUAUGCCUGUAUUGUUUGUGGUACGGCUUUCCGUCAACACAAUAAUUUAGUUCAGCACCAGAGAACACACACUGGAGAAAGACCUUACAAAUGUACUCAGUGUGACAAAACGUUUGCUCGACCAGAUGUCCUGAAAACCCAUCUGAGAAUGCAUACAGGAGAGAAACCUUACAGCUGCUCUAUCUGCGGGGAGGGAUUCGCUUAUUUAGGAAGUUUUAAUGUUCAUAAAAAGAAACAUGCAAAAGAACAAACAGUCCUGGAAUCUCUAUAGCAUCUUUUCACAGCUCAAUCUGUUAAAAAGAAGCUGUACAUUGUGCUCUUAUUGACAGUAGGGGGCAGUAUCACAUUAACCUUUGAUGUGGAUCGAGAAUAAAGAUGAAUUCAUUUAAAUAAAGUUAAUGUAACUGUUUUAGUAACAAUAUGGUUUAAUCAAGGGGUCAGAGUUUGGCUGUUGUAGUGUUUACUAGUCAAUGGAUAUUUUUUUAAAGAGCUUAGAAAAUUGACUUUUCUCCCCGUCUGCUGGCAGGUCAUCCAUCCCCAUCUACCUGGACGAGGGAGGGGACAAGGGGAGGGAAACAGAAAUUAUUAAAUGGGGGGGGUACUUCCUGUAACAGUGUAGUACCCCCCCAAAAAACGCUGUAAAAUUUAAAUGAGAGGGAAAAGGCCAACACGGAGUGGCAGUGGGAGAGAGAGAUGGAAAAAAAAAACACUUACUCGCCAGUUCUCCGAUACGACGUAGCUUGUUCCUCGGCCACUCCUCCACCCUCUAACGGACGACAGCCACGCCUCUCCGGGCAGAUUGGAGGCAGACCUCCUGCCCCUGGCAGACGGAAUGCCCCGCCGCGUUCUUGGGGAACAGAAGGUGUCUCCCCCGCCCCUGGCAGCGGUUGUCCCGCUCCAGGCGGUCGGCAGCGAGCCCCUCCCCGCUCGCGGUCGGCGGUGUUAGACUUCGCCGAGUUUCAGCGGUUGGUAGGAGACUCCUCUGCCCCUGGCAGUGGCCCUGACUGCUCCAGGCGGUCGGUUAGGAGCCCCUUCUCCCCUCGCUGUCGGUGGCCGUCGUCUGCUUCCAGGCGAAUUCAAAGAAAUUUGCUGUACAAUAACAAUAUUACAGCAGGGGAACCAAUUUCUAACGUUUUGGGAGCAUCUCUGUUAUAUUUUUAAUUACCAUAAUCUAACAUUCCCAGAACAUUGCAGGGAGGGUUGUGUGACAACCUUAGAAGAACUUAUAGAGAACGAACUCUAAUGGUUAUUUUUGUCAUAUAUUUCCGUUCACAUUUUUCCAUUAUUUUUCAUGAUCAUGUAUUUGAUUGUCAUGUUGCAGAGAGGUUGAUAGACAACAUCACAGUGUAUGGGAAUAAAAUGUGUUAUAAUGAACCGAUGUAAAAAGCAUUCCAGACAAAUCUUCCUGCAUCUGAUCUAUGCACGCACAUUAGAUCCGCACGCACUUUAUUCCCUCACAGAAAUUUGUGUGAUCUGGCAAUUUAAAAAUGAACAAUCAUUGGACCGACUCACUGACAGACAGUCGUUGAUUGAUUUCCUCAAUAAAUAAAUUACUUCUAGACAAGGCUGUAGCCAGGAAAUUACUUUUGGGUGGGCCUCAAUAAAAAUGGAUGGGCCAAAUCUGUGCCUAAAUUGUUUUUCUCCAAAUUUGCCUUUGCAACAGAAAGGCGUUCCUCACAUUCUGGUUGGGCCUGGGUCUAAUUUGGGAGGGUCCCCCCCACCUUUGGCUACGCCACUGCUUCUAGAUGUGAUAUUAAAUAUUUAUCUGAUUGAUUUGAUAAAGAUUUGACUUAUUACGGAAAAGAACGUUUUGUAUGAGUGUAACGGAGACGUUUUUUGUUUAUUGACUACAACUGAAGAGAAACAGAGAUGUCUUCGUGAAACUCUACACAGUGGGAAGAAAUUAAUUUAAUAUAAGCCUAGUUAAGAUUAAAGUUUAUUACAUUUUUUAUGUCUUUCAAUACAUUUCCAAUUUUAAAAACCCUUGAAUGUGUGUAAUUAAUUGAUUAUUUGAAAUAAUUUACUACAAUAUGGGUGCAUGUCCAUGAUGCUGAGCUACAGUUUUAGGAUGGGAUAUUCUGAAUCCUCAAACCUUAUUAUCUUCAAUAUCUGACCAAGAGCAGGUUAAAAAGUAAAAGUGCUGAAGAGAUUCAUUAAAAUAAUUUGAUGUUUCUGAAAUCCUCGUGAUGAAUGUUGUGUUGUAGUUAUGUCCAGUUCAUGAACGAAUUGUUCUUUUGAACCGGUUCUUUUUAGUGAAAGAGUUGAAUUAGUUCAUCAAAUCGGACUGAAUCGUUUGAAACAGUUUCGUCUCGUCUCUGAUCUUAACCUGUCUCUCAGGUGUGCCUGUCACUACGACUCAAAAUGAGCCGAUAACCUGGAGUAAUAUGAUCCUAGAACUGGUGAUAUCUGCUUUAGCCAACUCUUCUUUGCAAUGAACCACUCCAACUAGUUCACAAAUCAGACUGAACUCUUCGGUUGUAACAGUUCUCGAGUCAACUACAAUGUUCUGAGUAUCGCCUCUUUCGGAGGUGUCCCACAUACUGAGAACCGAUGAGUUUCUGACAAUGUGUGUGAUUAAGGGGCAAAAUGUAUGUUUCAGGUGAAUUUUCUGAACAACAGAGAGUGUAACAAAUAAAACAUACUGGAAAUAUGUUUAUGAAUUGAUUGUACUACGGUUUUAUCAACGUAUGAAGAUGAUCCAGUCUACAGCUCUCGUGUCAACAGUACACUGAUCCGAGGACAGCAGUUCUCGAGUCAACAGUACAUUGAUCCGAGGACAGCUGUUCUCGAGUCAACAGUAAACUGAUCCAAGGACAGCAGUUCUCGAGUCAGCAGUACACUUAUCCGAGGACAGCAGUUCUCGAGUCAACAGUACACUAAUCCGAGGACAGCAGUUCUCGAGUCAACAGUACACUUAUCCGAGGACAGCAGUUCUCGAGUCAACAGUACACUAAUCCGAGGACAGCAGUUCUCGAGUCAACAGUACACUUAUCCGAGGACAGCAGUUCUCGAGUCAACAGUACACUUAUCCGAGGGUGAGUUGAUUAAGAGAAGUUUAAUCAAUUUGCUGUAAACAUGUA